AUGUGGGGCUUGACCAAUCAAAAUUUAAACAUUAUCAAACCAUUUCCUGUAUUCAAAGGUUAUAAAAAAUAUGUGCCAAUACCUCCAGGUAUGAUAUCGUUAAAACAUGGAGUCGAAGAAGUUUACAUUUGUACUCUUGUUAUUGUUGAUAACCUUCGAAAGUUGACGAACGUUAACAAAAACGAUGAAGAAGAAGAAGACAUAUAUAAGUAUGUGGCCAAGCAAGACGUGAUUGAAUUUCAAAAACUAUUGAAAGUUUUCGGUAAAGAAUAUGGUAAAAGUUGGACGGUGAUUCCAGAUGGUGAAGGUUUAUCCCAACUUGCUUUACUGGAGGCUCCAGAAUACGUUGGAAGAGCUGAUAUGAGAUACGAACUGAGUGAAAUGCCGGAUGCCGUCAAAUUGUUAUUAUACACACGUGACGUACCUGAAGGAAUUCCAAUCGAACCAAACACACUGGAAAUUUCCGAUUAUGAUUCUUCAAAGCCAACAAAAAUUAUUUGUCAUGGAUGGAUGGCGAGUUCCAAUUCAUCAGUUAUAAAAGGAAUUAAAGAUGCUUACCUGGACAAUCAAAAUGUCAACGUUAUCGGAGUGGACUGGAGCACAAUAUCAAAUGAUUAUUUUUAUCCAAAUGCAGCUGGAGCAGCUAUAACAGUUGGAAAAUAUUUAAGUUCCAUAAUUGAUUCGUGGGUAAAACAAGGAACAAUGAAAUAUAACGAUAUCCAUUUUAUUGGUCAUUCUUUGGGUGCACAUGUUAGUGGUUUUACCGGACAAUACACCAGACGAAAAUUAGGAAGAAUUUCAGGUUUAGAUCCUGCACUUCCUGGUUUUCAACUUGGUAAAGGUCCUAACGACAGAUUGGAUCCCACCGAUGCUAAUUUUGUAGAUGUGAUACAUACAGCUGCUGGUAUACUUGGAAUAAGUAUAACUGCUGGACACGUUGAUUUUUAUCCAAAUGGUGGAACUCCUUUUCAACCGGGUUGCAGCGUUAGUUGGCUACCUACUAGUACUCAGGCUUGCAGUCAUGGUAGAUCUCAUGAAUAUUUUGCUGAAUCAAUACGAGAUAAUGAUUUUAAAGCUGUUGGAUGUUCGGAUUGGGAUCAUUUUAAAAAACACAAAUGUAAAAAUAUUUUUGCAACAAUGGGAGAAUACACAUCACCAAAGGUUAGAGGAUCAUUUUAUUUAAAAACAGACAGUAGCGCACCUUUUGCUUUAGGAAUAAACGGUACACUUUAUUAA